AAAUUAUGUAUUUCUGACGUAGACAUAGAGUUUUUUCAUACUCAUUGUCAGUCGCUCACUGACCAUUCUUGAGGAAUCACGAAAAGCAGACAAGAAAAUUAAGUAUCUCUCCUUGUAUUGGAAUUAUAGUACAUGUCUGCGAAUAUCUAACAUUUAUUUCAAAAAAUGCAAACUUUUAUCUUCGUAACGCUAAUUGUUCUGGGUGUAGCAAGUGGUAAUUGGAGACAAUCCGAAUAUUCACAGUGGACAGUUCCACGAGGUCAAACAUUUCGUAGGGGACCUGUUAGAAACGUGUAUCAUCAAAAUGGAUUCUCCCAGUGGAAUCCUCAACAAUAUUAUUCAGAACAAAAUAUUAAUGUCCACGAAUCUUUUGCUAUUGCUGAAUGGAUCUGUAGAAAUCCAAAAACAGGUGACAUGUUAAUAAUAGUAUCAGAAACGAAAGACCAAAACAAAGAUCAAAAGGAAGAUCAAAGGAAAGAAUCUUUUCAUAAUUCCGAACAAGAUCAGAGUACAUGGAAUCAAAGAAAUCCUACUUCUCAUACGAUCCAUAAGUUCGAAGAUAUUAUAAAAGAAAAUGAUAUGAAAAAUCACGGAGGAGAAGGUCUUAUUGACGUAAGGAUCGGAGUAUAAUAUCUCAUGUGAAUCAUUGAAAAGCAUUCGGACAUUAUCAAAUUUUGAACAUUUACAUGUUUGUAUCUAAAUUUGAUCAGAGAUAAAUAUAAGUAUAACUAGAUUGUAGAAAAAUAUCUUUGUUUUUAAAAUAAAUUGCAACUCACAUUAUAAACAUA